AUGAACCAGACACAGCCGUACAUGGAUAUGCAGUCGUCGCAUUUGGCCUCCUCGCAGCCGUACACCUCGCAGGGGACACCGACGGAGAACAGCAUCUCGCACUAUCCACAGUACCAGCAGCCCUCGUUGCUGCAGCCAGGCCCUACCGCCUACGCUCCCCCGCAUAGCUACCCCCAGUAUGGGUACUCGAACGGCAUCACCUCGCCGCCCAGCAAUCAGCCAGUGCCCAACUCCCUAAACGGUCAGGGACCAGCUCAGAUCCUGCCUCUCCCUCCAUUAAACUCGACGGCUCCAAGCUCUCAUGGCUACGUACCAAAUUCCGCGGGUCAGGUCCAACCUUACUCGUCCCAGGCUCCAUACGAUACCACCGGCCAGAUAGCGCCACCAGGCGUGAAGCCGCGAGUCACAGCUACGCUGUGGGAAGAUGAAGGCAGUCUCUGCUUCCAGGUCGAGGCCAAAGGCGUCUGUGUUGCUCGCAGAGAGGACAACCAUAUGAUUAACGGUACAAAACUGCUAAAUGUUGCUGGAAUGACCAGAGGCAGGAGAGACGGCAUUCUCAAGAGUGAAAAGAUCCGACAUGUUGUGAAGAUUGGGCCUAUGCAUCUCAAGGGUGUCUGGAUACCAUUUGAGCGUGCUCUCGACUUUGCCAACAAGGAGAAGAUCACCGACCAGCUCUAUCCACUCUUCGUUCACGCUAUUGGAAGUCUGCUAUACCACCCAGUGAACGAAAGCCGCGCCAAUGCCAUCGUCACAGCUUCGGACCGCAGACGGAUCGAGAACAGCCAGCCAUUGGGACGCCCAGCACCCGGAGCACACCCGCCACCACUUCACCAUCACCACUCUAUGCAGAAUCCAACGACUACGCACAUGUCCCAGCCAUCUUCUCUUGCUAGCAUGCCGCACCCCAUGCCUGGUCGUCCUCCGCUAGACCGCGCUCACACCUUUCCCACGCCUCCCACCAGUGCUUCUAGCCUCCUAAGCAUGCCCAGCCAACCCGGUUCUUACGAGUGGAACGGACAGAACAUGUCCAACGGCGUUCAGAGCUCUCAGCCACUUCCACUCGAGUCUGGAAUGAAUGGCACAAGGUCAAUGCCAACCACUCCUGCGACCACUCCACCAGGUGCAAACAUGUCUGCCAUGCAAGCCUACCAGAGCCAGUCUGCCUACAGUGAUUCCAAGCCAUAUUACUCCUCUGCUCCAGCUGCGCAGUCACACUACGCCUCUCACCAGCCUGUUUCUCAACAUAGCAUCUCCAGCCAGGGAAACGGCCAAGUAAACGGAUCGAAUGGGCCUCCCACUGGUGAACCAGAGCCCGCAGAGCAGCACCAAGGUACUGACGGUGAAUAUAUCAACGAUUCCAAUGGUGCCUACAACUCCAACCGUGCCUCCUACCCGGCCUACCCAUCCACCCAGGCCGUCGGCUCCAUGCCCAGCGAACACACGCCUCUCCCCUCUGAGAUGGCUGCUCCUCCACCUCACCAGAACGGAGCGGACAAGCGUUCUUCAGGACCUUGGCCAUCAACAUACACUCCUCGAUCAGGCGCCCCCAACAGCGUCUACAGCGUAAUGAGUGAUACCCGCAACUCUCCCGCCAACAAUGCCGGCACUGCAACCUACUCAGACGCCUACUCCGCCCCUGCCAGCACGCCAGGCUACUCUUCUUCCAUGAACGGCUCAAGCAAGCGUUCCCGCGACGAAGAAGAUGUAGAAGAGAUUCCUCGCUCCGAAAGCCGCGGCCAAGGCUCCACCUACGAGCAUAAGCGUCGGAAAACGCUCAUCGACACCGCCUCCGGCCCCAUUGUACCAGCUUCCCUCAGCUUACAAAAUGUACAAUCCAGCGACUUCCCAAGACGGAUGUGA